AUGGCUAUGCAAGAGCCUGGCAGGACCAAAGGCUUCCCUUGCAAACACUGUGGCACAGUGUGUUCCAACAUGCCAAGCCUUCUGGAACACAUGGAUAGUCACUCCCAGCAAGAGGAAGAUCGCAAGUUCAAAUGCAAUGAAUGUGGGCGGGGUUACAGGCAUGCAGGUAGCUUGGCUAACCAUAAGAAAACACACGAGUUGGGUUCUUUUCAAUGUCCAAUAUGUGCUAGGAAUCUCUCAAACCCUCUGGCCCUGAAGAGCCAUCUGCGCAUCCACACAUCGCAGAAGAAGUACUCCUGCAUGGAUUGUGAGAAGGCCUUUAGGUUAGCUACUCAGCUGGCCACCCAUCAAAAGGUCCAUCUCUCCAGGCAAUCAAAGAGGAGAGCUGGUAGGAGGGCAGCUGCAGAAUAUUCUCCAAUUGAGAAUAGAGAUGAAAUUGAGGAUAAUGAUGACCUUGAUGAGCAGUUGGUCUUGGUGGCUGACCAGGAAGACACAAGGAUGGAUAUUAUAUCUGAUAAUGGCCUUAGUCAGGAGGAGGCCGAGGUUAUCCCCAUCUCAGCAAAUUAUAGUGAAAACCUAGGCUCUGACGAUGCAGGGGAUCGACCUUUCAAAUGUGAUCAGUGUGAAAAGUCAUAUAGACACCACGGAAGCCUGAUCAAUCAUAAAAAGUCUCACCAAGUAGGGAUGUUUGAGUGUCCCAUCUGUUUCAAGCAGUUCAAUAAUCUUGCUGCCCUCCAUAGUCACCAGAGAACCCAUAACAAGUCCAGAAGUGGGCCAGACACCCGUUCCACGGAAGUCACUUACGCAGGCACAACACAAGAGCAGUUUUCCCCCCCGAACAGGGAGGCUGCUGUAAAUUUCUGCCACCUGUGUCAAGUGAUGUUUCCUAAUGAUGAUGAGUUCCAGGAACACAUCCAAAUGCAUAAUUCUGCCUCUAUGUCCUUUGGGCACAAUCAAUGUUCAUCUGAGGGUCAUCAUGGCUCUUAUGACCAUAGUGUCACUCAUUCUCCUGACUCAAACUUUCAUUCACCCCCUCUAAACAAUACUCCAUCGAGGGAUAAUCAGUGGGAGCAGAGCGACAAUGUUCAAAUAUACUCUGACCACUCCAGUAACGAAUCCACCUUGAACACUCAGCAAGAGCCCUCAAUCUUGGAUUCAGAGGUUUCUGCUGACGAUCUAGGGAAGGCAGAACAGUCCUCAGUUACAGAAAAUGUUGAGCGCCGCUUUAAGUGCCAGGUCUGUGGCAAAAGCUACCGGCACGCAGGGAGCCUCAUCAACCACAAGCGGUCUCAUCAGACGGGCAUUUACCAGUGUUCCAUCUGCCGCAAGACUUACCCACACAUGGCUGCCCUCCGCAGCCACAUCCGAAUCCACAGGGCCCAUCCGUCCUCCUUUAACCUCGGCUCUGAAGGAGACUGGCUGUCUACUGAGCCCCUCACACUGGAGAACCAGCAGGCCUGCUUUUCCUCUCAGGAUGGUGAUGCUAGCAGUAUGAUGGCGCUCGCUCAGGAGAACAAGGGUGAACACGACAAUGGAGGAUCAUUCCAUGAGCAGUUUGACUCCACCUUUCCCCAGGAAAGAACUGUGCACCUACCUCACGAUGAGCACCUGAUGGAGAGGCACAUGUGCGCAGACUGUGGCGAAACAUUUGCAGACAUCGCAGGGAUCAAGUCGCACAUAUGCCCCCAGCUACAACAGCAGCAGGAGGCCAUGUCAAAUGACUGUGACCGUAACCUAAUCUUCCAGGACACUAAUGGCCAAUGCUCCAUGGGAAAUCCAGGGGAUCAUAUAGAAUUCCAGGGAUUGAAUGGCGGCACUGGACAAAAGUACUUUGGUGAACACAACUUCCAUGAAGGCAUGAAUGGGGAGCAGUUAAAUGGUGGUGAUGGCGAAGAGGAGGAGGAGGAUGAUGAUGACGGAGAGCUCUAUCAAUGCUCAGUGUGUGGGAACCGCUACACGAGCAUGAGGGCUCUGAGGAGCCAUCUUCGUGGCCACACUCAAUCCCAUGGUACUCCUACAAGCUCUGGCCCCUCCUCCAUGUCCUCCCUCGAGGCUGAUAAAGAAGAGGACCCUGGAGAGAGACAGCAGGUGGAUGGGGGUCUGAUGAUCUGCAGUACUUGCGGAGAGAGUUUUGCCAAGAAGCAGGACAUGCUUGCCCAUCAGCUCUCACACCAUAAAGCACAGGCAGAUGAUGCUAAACACGUACAUAUGGACAAUAGUAAUGGAGCUGGGCACAAAGAGGAGAUUGACAGCAUCAUCUGUGGAAAUUGUGGUACAUUUUGCACCAGUUACCAUCAUCUUGAGACUCAUCAAUGUACAACACAUGGGAAAAGUGAAUUUGCAACUGGUGAUGAGAGAACUGAAAUGGGCAACUCUGUCAAGGGUAAAGAAUUAGGACACAUGAAAGAGAAUUUAGACAAUGGAGAUCGCCAGUACAAGUGUGAUCAGUGCGGAAGAGUAUACAGACAUGCUGGCUCCCUUCUCAACCAUAAAAAGUCCCACAAAACGGGAGUAUUCCGCUGCAUGGUUUGCCAGAAGCGCUUCUACAAUCUACUGGCCCUGAAGAACCAUCAGAGGACCCACUUUGAUGUUAAGAGGUAAUUGCUAAACCUAAUUGCUAACACAGAAAAAAGUUGUCUUCUAUUGAUAACAAGUAUCCAUGUUAUUUGACAUAUCAUGUAUAUAACCAGAGAGGCUACAGUGUACACAUGCGGUAGACGCAAUUAAUUUGUACUACUACAUACUAAGGUUUAGGUUAUUACAUUGUUAUAGUUGAAUUUGCCUAAAAAAUAAAAUGUAUAUUGCAAAUAGAUGUGUUUUGUCAUAACUUCAUUCAUGCUUGAAUGUUCUGUGCUUUGUAAACAGGAUUAACCUCGCUCUUUGUCCCCUCCUCUAGGCAUACUUGCAAUGAAUGUGGGAAGGCAUUCAAGAUACAAAAGCAGCUAUUGAACCACCUAAGAAUUCACAAGGAGAACCAGGCCAAAAUACAGGAGCUCAACAAUCAGAUUCAGGCCCUCAUGCAGAUGAAUGGGACCAGGUCAGAGGGAGGAAUGCACUCGUUAAAUGCACCUGCCAAUCAAGCUGCCACUACCACCCGCAGAAAGUGUAGGCCAACCGUUUACCGAAAGAAACCCAGUGUGGGGGAAGGGGAUCAGACAGCGUCUCAGAAUGAGGUCAAAUCAGAGGGGGCAGGCGACCCUCGCCCCUACUCCUGUGACCAAUGUGGGCGAACGUAUCGUCACGCAGGAAGUCUGGUCAAUCACAAGAACUCUCACAAGACGGGUGAAUACUACUGUUCUGUUUGUAACAACACCUACUCCAACCAACUGGCCAUGAAGAACCACCUGCGCAUCCACUUCUCAGUUAAAAAGCACAGUUGCCAAGACUGUGGUAAGGCCUUUAGGGGAAAGAAGCAGUUGUCUAACCAUAUUUGCGCACACCUCCGAAAGGAUAUGCCUGGAGGGGUCAGAGGAAGUGGUCACAGACGAGCUAGAAACAUUAAAUGUAAGCAGUGCAGACUGACGUUUGUUUCUGCUGACCAGCUGACAGCCCAUACCUGUGGGUCACUGGCAAACUCCUCAGAGGGCAGUGAUGGACAAAUGAGCAUGUCCGUGAAAAAAGAGGAGCGACCAUUCACCUGCAACAUCUGCAAUCGCAGCUACCGGCACGCAGGCAGUCUCCUAAAUCAUAAAAACACCCAUAAGUCUGGCCACUUCAGCUGCACGUUCUGCUCCAAGCCCUUCUCUAACCCCAUGGCGUUACGCAACCACACACGGAUCCACACACAGAAGAAGAAGCAUGUCUGCCUGACCUGUGGGAAGGCGUUUCGGCUGGCCAGUAUUCUACAUAAUCACCAGAAGGUCCACACCAGGGUGGCUAGCCACUUCAGCUGCCCAGAAUGUGGCAAGAGCUUCCAGGGAAAGUCUGGGCUGAAGAGGCACCGCUGCCAGAGCAGGGGUCAGGAUGACUCGGCUAAAGCUGGUGACAGCUAUCACAGAGAUGGUGGUGGAGUCAAGUGCUUCAUGUGAGUUACUGUCUCAUAAUCAACUCAUUAUGUAACUCAUAUUUCUUCUUCGUGGAUGUUAUUAUAACGAUCCCCUUCUUUAGUCUUCUGUUUUCAUGGUUUUAAUGGCUAUUUUUUUUAUGUUUAGUUUUAGGGUAAAUCUGUAAUUAUUUCCUCAGUUAUAUUCUAUUAGUAAAAGCAAAGUUGUUUUUGCCACCUAAUGCCCAACGUAAAUUAUUUUCAUGAACAGGGAUUUUAAUAAGUCUCUCUGCUGCAGGUGUGACCUGUGUGGACGCUCAUACCACCACGCCGGCUCCCUGCUCAACCAUAAAAAGACGCACUCCGAAAACCUCCACCACUGUACCUUGUGCCUCCAGACUUUCCCCGACCCAAUCGCCCUCCAGGUCCACUCUCAGAUGAAGCGCCACUGCUGCCCAGACUGUGGCAAGACCUUCUGUCUCAUCUCCCACCUGCAGAGCCACAUGGAGGUGCACUCCAAGGAACGCACCCUGGUCUGCAGCCCCUGCCAUCAGAGCUUCCCCAACCCGGCCAGCUACCAGCAACACCAGGACCUGCACCACCAGGCCCAGGGGCAUUAUCAACAACACAGCAUGCAAUUAAAGGACGACCUAGGCUGGGGCUCGGGACUGGACCAACCCAUGGGUCUCCAGGGCAUGCCCAAGCUGGUACCGGCGUUUGCCCACAUGCACGACGGCAUGCCCGACCCACAGGACCAGCAAGAGAGUAAGGAGGCUCACUGUACAGGGGAGAAGAGCCAUGUGUGCGAGCACUGCGGCCGCACCUACCGACACGCCGGUUCCCUCCUCAACCACAAGAACAGCCACAAAACAGGCUCCUUCUUCUGCUCCGUGUGCCAGAAGGAGUUCACUAACCUGAUGGCCCUGAAGAACCACAGGCGCAUCCACACGGAGCCCAAGCGCUACCAGUGCCUGGAGUGCGGCAAGGCCUUCCGCGUGUCCACCCAGCUCAUCUGCCACCGGAGGAUGCACACCAAAGAGAAGCCCUUCUCCUGCCUGCUGUGCGACAAGGGCUUCUCCAGCAAGUCAAAUCUGCGCCACCACCAAAAGAUGCACCAGAGCGGUGCCCAGACCUAUGAGUCCUCCUUCAGCAUGGAUGCUAACAGUUUUAUGGACUUGGACAUGGGCUCUUUUCUCUGA